UAUGUGAUAUUAUGUGUAAUAUAUGAAUAUAUAUAUGUAUAUAUUUCCACACUAUGUGUGCAUAUAUAUAUAUAAGACUUAAGUCUGAAAUCUGCAGGGCAGAUCAGGAAGCUGAGAACUUAGGCAGGGUUUCUACAUUGUAGUCUUGAGGCAGAAUUGUUUCUUCUUAAAAAACCUGUGUUUCCUCUUAAAGCCUUCAACUGAUUGGAUGAGAUCUACACACAUUGUGGAGGGUAGUGUGCUGUACUUAAAAUCUACUAAUAUAAAUGCUAAUAAUGUCUAAAUGCCUUCAUGGCAAUAUCUAUACUGGCGUUUGACCAAACAACUGGGUACGAUAACCUAUCAAAGUUGAUAAAUACAAUUAACCUCCACAGCAGCCUUUGACCUUCUAACUUCAGUCAGUGAUUAAGGCUACCCAGAGCCUAUCUAUACCAUGUAGAUAAUCUGUUUAUUUUCUGUGGAGAUGAUCAGUAACCAACAGCUGAGAAUGUGGAGUUCUUAGCUUCAAUCCUAAGACAUUAUCUGUUUCAUUCCAGAAUAUGAAAUUCUAUGCAGGACUUGGAUGGAUUCUUUCCAGAUGAGGGCUGCCAUGUCCCUCCAGUUCUUCCACACUUAAGCUUAGGGUUAUAAUCCUGUUUUGGUAUUUGCUGGACUGAGGGGCUGCAUUUUAUAGCAAGUUCCCUGAUAUCCCAUGCAACAGUAAUAGCAGUAUGGAUCCUAUGCAAUUUCAGACCUCAGCCAACAAUGCAAACUGUUCAGUCUCCCUAGAAUUUAAACGGACUAGAGUGCUAGGAAGUGCAUGUGAUCCUCUUACCGCACUUUUCCUUGGCUGAAACCCUUUCUGUAAAUUUUUCACACGUCAUUCCUUCUUGUCCACCUGCAGUACUUUUUGAUGUUUCUUUAGAAGUGGCAGCUGGAUCAACUUCAACAACAACAAUAAUCCUGAAAGAAAGUAUUAGGCAUUCAGAGUGACUGUGGUGACACCAUCCAUCUAUCCAUCCAGCCUUCUAUCGGGUGUCUUUUGGUGCUUACUUUGUGCCCAGGACAAGCUCAGGAGGGUCACAAGAAAUGUGUAGUUAUGGUCCAUGCACUCUGGAAAGGUAAAAUCUAGUUAGAGGAUGGGGAACUGAUGUUUGUAGUGAAGCUUACCAAAGAGAAGACAUUUAUCUGGCCAAAUACUUGGAGUUUAUUGUUUUAUAUGUUAGUAAUCAGAGGAGCUUUUCUUAUUUCCUGGAAGUUUUAGGCUAUAGGCAUGAAUAAUUAGAUCUUAUUGAUUAGCAUAUUAGAAGAUACUCAUUCUUUGAGUUAUUAGACUCCUCACUUAAUCCCAGAAAGAAAGCUGAAGCCAUUUGAAGGCAAAGUAAAACAGGACUUCAUAUUUAAAACAGAAGUUAAUGGAAUAUUGACUGAAGUCUGUAAAAUCAUAAAGAAGAUAAGUUACACAAAACCAAAAUAACAUAAUAAUUGAAUUACUAAUUUCCAACUAUUAUAUACAUCCUAAAACACAGUGCUAGUUCAUUCUAGUCAAAUGUAAUUCAAUAAAUUCAAAUUCAAACUAUCUUGGGGUAGACAUUUUUUUCUAAUCUGCAUAUAUUUUUAAUAGCAUGUUUGCUUAGGAUUAUUGGCAAAAUAUUUCUAUUUUGUUGUGUCUUAAUUGAUUAAAAAUCUGUUGAGAAAAUUCUGAUUGAAAACAGAUCUCUCUUAAGCAAUUUUUUUAACAAAGUAUGAGUGUAUGUUUUACAUAUUUGCUUUUACUAAGGAAAACAAUCUUACUUAGAAAAAUACAAGUUGGGUGUAGUACCAUGUGGUAUAAACAACUGAACUAUUUUACCUUUUACUUUCCUAUGAAUGAGCCAGUAUAUAUUUAUUACUGGAGUUCCAGCUAUAAAAUUUAUGUAAGGGGUUUAAAUAUACCCUGGAGUAUUAUUUAAAAAUAAAUUUAUUUCUUUCAAAUAGAAUACCAACCUUGGUCUAUGACAUUUGGGAGAGAAAUUAAAAUAUUAAACUUUUAUUGCCUAGUAAACUGAAAAUAAAGUAAAGGUUAAAUAAAUACAAAGCAAAAAAUAUAUAUAUACAAAAUCACAACCUCUAAAAGGACAAACAGUCCACUGUUCUCUACUAUGGGAGCUUUAUCAGCACUGGUAAGUAAUUCCACCUCUAGGGCAGGGCAAAUUCUCAAAAAUGUAAACAAGUAUGUACUUUGUUUAUAUAAAGAAAUGUGCAGCAUGGUUUGUAUUUCUUUGUAGAUAUCAAACAGCUAAAUGGAUUGUUUGAGAGCACCAGCAGGGGCCAGCAAAGAGCUCUUAGAGUUUUUCAGAACAGAAUUGGCAUUGAGAUAUGUUUAUUUGAUAUGUUAAAUCCUUUUUUGACUUCUUUACUUAACUCCACACUCUCUUAAGUGAAUGAAUUGCAGAGACAGUGGAAUAAAAUAUACUGUGUGUUCAAACUAUCUUGGGGUAUAGUUUUUUUGUUUUUGUUUUUUUUUCUAAUCUGCAUAUAUUUUUAAUGAAGUGUUUGCUUAGGCUAUUUCUUGGCAGAGUUUUAAUAGUCAAAAUAUAAAUGGCAUCAUUUAAAGACUGUUCUACUUGGCUGGAAAAGGCCUUAAAAUUACAGAAGAAAAUGCAUAGUGACAGCUUCUCUUAACUUUUUUUUUCUUGAACCGAUGCUUCAUUUUUGCAAUAGUAUUACUAGGCUAAUUUUAUAGUUCUGUCCUUAAGCUUUCACAUUUUAUAUAACUAACACUUUGGAAGCUAAAAUGUCUAUCUGUUUCAUGUAGUACUAAAGUUUUAAUUCAUCCCAAAGUUUUAGUAUUUCCAAAUUUACACAACUGUUUGAAUUCACUCAUUAAAAAAAAGGAAAAAUUAACAGUCCCUAUAACUUGACUAGAAUCUUAGUAUGGUUACUAUUUGGAAAUUCAAUCUUUGAUUUGAUGCUUAAUUACAUGGGGUUCCGUUCCUACCAACUUCCUGUAAUUCUAUACCUAUGGGUAAAAAUAUUAGUGGUCAAAGUCGGCUGGAGAAAGUAUAGGCACUGCGAUUCACAUAGUUAAAUGUUCAUUUAGUAGAGCUAGGGUGAACAAAUACUGCUUCAACUUGAAAUUUUAGAAGAUUGUUGUUCUUGUGUUACUCAUUCAUGCAAAUUGGAGAAGGUAUAAUUGAAACAAGGUUGGCUGUGUUUGAGUCAGUGUGCUGCAGCUGAGCUCAGCUUAAAGGUCGCUGGAAAUCAAGUGCUUUGUAAGUGAAGGCAUUUUGACUACAAGCAAUUCAAGACAUUUUGGAAACGUCAGUCUCAGGAAUGGGCCGUCUUUUUCUUUCUAUGAUAUCUGGUAUCUAAUGUUUUACUUAGGAUAAAGACUACUACUUAAUAGCUCUUUUAGGCACCACAAAUGAUUUUUUUCUUUUGAUGCAGAGCAGCUGCUUCUAGCCUGUCUACAGACAGAGAUAUUUGUUAUGACUUUCAGCCUUUAACAUGUUUGGAAAUGAGAACAAAUGGCACAGAGCUUACGAUUGCACUUUGCAGCCAGAAGAAGCAAUACUUACCCUUUGUCAGAAACCUCCGGAGAUGACUUGGAUAGCCAUGUUCACAUGUGCUUCAAAAGACCAACACGGAUUUCAGCGUCUAACAUUGUUCAAAUGAAGCUGACUCCUAGACAGACUGCACUAGCUCCGUUAAUAAAGGGAAACGUUCAGUCUCAAGAAAGAUCAUCUGUUCCCUCAUCUGAAAAUGUUAAUAAAAAGAGCAGCUGUCUGCAGAUUUCACUACAGCCCACAAGGUACAGUGGAUGUCUUCAGUCUAGCAAUGUCUUAGCUGAUAGUGAUGAUGCUUCAUUUACUUGUAUCUUGAAGGAUGGUGUUUACAGCAGUGUUGUGGCUGAUAAUGAAUUGAAUGCUGUGAAUGAUAGUAACCUUUUAAGCAGUCCUGCCAUUUGUAGUGGUAGCCUUAGUAACUUUUCAGCCAGUGAUAAUGGGUCUUACAGCAGCAAUGGUAGUGAUUUUGGGUCAUGUACAAGUAUCACAAGUGGAGGUUCAUACACGAACAGUGUCAUCAGUGACAGUAGUAGUUAUACUUUUCCACCAAGUGAUGAUACAUUUUUGGGUGGAAAUUUAUCUUCUGACAGUACCUCCAAUAGAAGUGUGCCAAACAGGAAUACUACUCCAUGUGAAAUUUUUUCAAGAAGUACAAGUACAGAUCCUUUUGUCCAGGAUGACUUGGAACACGGAUUAGAGAUUAUGAAAUUGCCAGUGAGCAGGAAUACAAAAAUUCCUCUAAAACGUUGCUCCUCCUUAGUCAUUUUUCCUAGGAGUCCUUCAAAUACCCCACCAACUUCUCCAACAAGUCCAUGUACUCUUCUGAGCAAAGGAUCCUAUCAAACUUCACACCAGUUUAUUAUUUCUCCUAAUGAAAUUGCACAUAAUGAGGAUGGCACUGGUGCUAAAGGAUUUCUUUCAACAGCUGUCAAUGGACUUCGGUUAUCUAAAACAGUUUAUACCCCCGGAGAAGUAAGAGACAUACGGCCGCUUCACAGGAAGGGCUUAUUACAAAAGAAAAUUGUUAUUUCGAAUAAUACUUCCAAACAGACUGCCUGUGAAAAGUCAUCUGAAGGAUAUUCUUGUGUUUCAGUGCAUUUCACCCAACAAAAAGCAACUACAUUAGACUGUGGAACAACAAAUGGCGAUUGUAAACCAGAAAUGUCAGAAAUUAAGCUGAAUUCUGAUUCCGAGUAUAUUAAGCUCAUGCAUAAGACAUCUGCAUGUUUGCCAUCCUCCCAAAACAUUGAUUAUCAAAUAAAUAUUAAUGGAGAAUUGGAAAGACCAGAUUCACAGAUGAACAAAAAUCAUGGUAUUUUACAAAGAAGUAUUUCAUUGGGAGGAGCUUAUCCAAAUAUUUCCUGUCUAUCCAGCCUUAAGCACAAUUGUUCUAAAGGGGGACCAUCUCAGUUACUCAUCAAGUUUGCAUCUGGAAAUGAAGGUAAAGUUGAUAUUUUAUCAAGAGACAGCAACAGAGAUUGCACAAAUGAACUGUCUAAUUCUUGUAAGACAAGAGAUGAUUUCCUAGGUCAAGUGGAUGUUCCACUUUAUCCAUUACCGACAGAAAAUCCAAGAAUGGAGAGACCAUAUACAUUUAAGGAUUUUGUUCUUCACCCAAGAAGUCACAAAUCAAGAGUUAAAGGUUAUCUGAGACUAAAAAUGACUUAUUUACCUAAAACCAAUGGCUCAGAAGACGAUAAUGCAGAACAGGCUGAGGAAUUAGAGCCUGGCUGGGUUGUUUUGGACCAACCAGAUGCUGCUUGCCAUUUGCAGCAACAACGAGAACCUUCUCCUCUACCUCCAGGGUGGGAAGAGAGGCAGGAUAUCCUUGGAAGGACCUACUAUGUAAACCAUGAAUCUAGAAGAACGCAGUGGAAAAGACCAACCCCUCAGGACAACCUAACAGAUGCUGAGAAUGGCAACAUUCAACUGCAAGCACAGCGUGCAUUUACCACCAGGCGGCAAAUAUCCGAGGAAACAGAAAGUGUUGACAACCGAGAGUCUUCCGAGAACUGGGAAAUUAUAAGAGAAGAUGAAGCCACCAUGUAUAGCAGCCAGGCCUUCCCAUCACCUCCACCAUCAAGUAACUUGGAUGUUCCUGCUCACCUUGCAGAAGAAUUAAAUGCCAGACUCACCAUCUUUGGAAAUUCAGCCACAAGCCAGCCAGUAUCCAGCUCAAAUCAUUCCAGCAGAAGAGGCAGCUUACAAGCCUAUACUUUUGAGGAACAACCUACACUUCCUAUGCUUUUGCCUACUUCAUCUGGAUUACCACCAGGUUGGGAAGAAAAACAAGAUGAAAGAGGAAGAUCAUAUUAUGUAGAUCACAAUUCCAGAACAACUACUUGGACAAAGCCCACUGUACAGGCCACAGUGGAGACCAAUCAGCUGACAUCAAGCCAGAGUUCUGCGGGCCCUCAGUCACAAGCUUCCACAAGUGAUUCAGGCCAGCAGGUGACCCAGCCAUCAGAAACUGAGCAAGGAUUCCUUCCUAAAGGCUGGGAAGUCCGGCAUGCACCAAAUGGGAGGCCUUUCUUUAUUGACCACAACACUAAAACCACCACCUGGGAAGAUCCAAGAUUGAAAAUUCCAGCCCAUCUGAGAGGAAAGACAGCACUUGAUACUUCCAGUGAUCUAGGGCCUUUACCUCCAGGAUGGGAAGAGAGAACUCACACAGAUGGAAGAAUCUUCUACAUAAAUCACAAUAUAAAAAGAACACAAUGGGAAGAUCCUCGGUUGCAGAAUGUAGCAAUAACUGGACCAGCAGUGCCGUACUCCAGGGAUUAUAAAAGAAAGUAUGAGUUCUUCCGAAGAAAGUUGAAGAAGCAGAAUGACAUUCCAAACAAAUUUGAAAUGAAACUUCGCCGAGCAACUGUUCUCGAGGACUCUUACCGGAGAAUUAUGGGUGUCAAGAGAGCAGACUUCCUCAAGGCUCGACUGUGGAUUGAGUUUGAUGGUGAAAAGGGAUUGGAUUAUGGAGGAGUUGCCAGAGAAUGGUUCUUUCUGAUCUCAAAGGAAAUGUUUAACCCUUAUUAUGGGUUGUUCGAAUAUUCUGCUACGGACAAUUAUACCCUACAGAUAAAUCCAAACUCUGGAUUGUGUAAUGAAGAUCACCUCUCUUACUUCAAGUUUAUUGGUCGGGUGGCUGGAAUGGCAGUUUAUCAUGGCAAACUGUUGGAUGGUUUUUUCAUCCGCCCAUUUUACAAGAUGAUGCUUCACAAACCGAUAACCCUUCAUGAUAUGGAAUCUGUGGAUAGUGAAUAUUACAAUUCUCUAAGAUGGAUUCUUGAAAAUGACCCAACAGAAUUGGACCUCAGGUUUAUUAUAGAUGAAGAACUUUUUGGACAGACACACCAACAUGAGUUGAAAAAUGGUGGAUCAGAAAUAGUUGUCACCAAUAAGAACAAAAAGGAAUAUAUUUAUCUUGUAAUACAGUGGCGAUUUGUAAACCGAAUCCAGAAGCAAAUGGCUGCUUUUAAAGAGGGAUUCUUUGAACUCAUACCACAGGAUCUCAUCAAAAUUUUUGAUGAAAAUGAACUAGAGCUUCUUAUGUGUGGACUGGGAGAUGUGGAUGUGAAUGACUGGAGAGAACAUACCAAGUAUAAAAAUGGCUACAGCGCAAAUCAUCAGGUUAUACAAUGGUUUUGGAAGGCUGUUUUAAUGAUGGAUUCAGAAAAAAGAAUAAGAUUGCUUCAGUUUGUCACUGGCACAUCUCGGGUGCCCAUGAAUGGAUUUGCUGAACUAUAUGGUUCAAACGGACCACAGUUGUUUACAGUUGAACAGUGGGGUACUCCUGAAAAGCUGCCAAGAGCACAUACCUGCUUUAAUCGCCUGGACUUGCCACCUUAUGAAUCAUUUGAAGAAUUAUCGGAUAAACUUCAGAUGGCAAUUGAAAACACUCAGGGUUUUGAUGGAGUUGAUUAGAUUACAAAUAACAGUCUAUGGUGUUUUUACUGCCAUAGUUUUAUAAGCCAAAUCAUGACUUAAAGUUUUCCAGGGAACUACUAAAACCUGGCCACUGAUUCUUCCCAGAUCCUGAAGAAAAUCGUAUAAAAAGUAUUUGAAGAAAUAGUAUGACAACUUUAAUCACUUUUAAAUAAUGUGUCACAUUUACACAGUUUCAUUCUGUCUUUAGAGUUCACACAAUAGGAUAUCAGUCCCAUAUGACUUAAAUAGUGAAUUUUGUCUGUAACAUUUACCUCUUGUAUAGUAUCUGCCAGGCAGUUUUUUCUUAAACUACUGAGAUUAUAACUGUGAAAUAUUUGUGAUAAGUGUGAUCUGUGAAAAUGUUGAUGCAUUUUGAGAUGGAAAACUGAAAUUUGGGAAAAAAAAUUCUAUUGCAUAAACUACAAUAUAUUUAGUGCUACUUGCAGCUGUUUAUUAUUUUGUAGACCUGCCUUAUGCACCUUACUGCCUAGAUUUUUGGAAAAACCUUGGAGAGUGUGUUAUCUAUUUUUCUAGUCAACUAACUCGCAGAAAAACAGUUUACUUCUUCACUUUCAAAGUAUUUGGCUUUUUGUUAAUAUGCAGUUUUUACUAAACAGGUGAUUCAUAAGACAUGUGAAGCAAGUCGUUUUUGCAAUGGGCAAAAAGUAUUAAGGCCUUUCUCUUGCCUGCAUAUCCUUAUGAUCAUUGGUAUAGUCAGCAUUUUUUCAUAUUUUAGUGUAGUUAGAAGAAUUCCUUCUUCAAACAUUAAAGAGCCACAAAGCAGUAUUUCUAAAUAUGCCUUGAAGAACUAAAUGAAGUGUAUAGCACUUGCCUUUACUAGUCAUUCUUUACACUUGUACAAUUAUGUAGUAAAUGUAUGUUUACAGGGUUUAUUAUGUUUACAGAUUAAGCUAAUUUCUGUAGUUGCAUUUUUAUAUUUUUAGUAUCACUCUAGUUAAAAAAAAACCAAAUGAUUUGUUUAAAAUAACCAAAGAGUUGAUAUAAUGCAUAAUUUGUAUUAAAUUUAUUACUAUAUUUCUUAUGCUUUUUGAAAAUACUGUUUACUAUGAAGACAAUGUUUUAUUACACAUCCAAAACUCUGUAGGCAAAAUGCUAUAGGUUGAAUCCUUCCUUAACCAAACUGAAAUACAUAAAGACCAUGUACAGGUAUUCAUCAAACGUUUAUUGAAUGCUAUGUGCAUAGCACUGUGCUAUGCCCUGGGGUAAGAUUUGUCAGCUUCAGAGAUACCUGGCUGAGUCCUGAUCCUCAAGAACUUACGGAUGUGUCAGUGAAUCUGUAAAACAAUCAAAAGUAAGGCUAAGCAGAAGAAGGUAAAAGGGAAAGUGUUCUAGAUUCCAGCGCACCUGCAAAGAUAAGUGUGCCGAGACUGUAUUUAUAUUUCACACUUAUAUUGUUUCAUCCUUAUAUUGGCAUGAUUAUAUAGAAAAUGGGUCUUAAAAAGAUGAAGCCUAUUUCUCAGUAUUGUAUCUCAGUGAUUUAGGAAUAAUUGUAAAUAUAUGUUAUGAAUCUUCUUAAAUAUAUAUAUGUUUUAUAUAUAUAAUAUACAUAUUUUAUAUAUAUUAUAUAUAUACACCCUGUGAGAACUGUAAAAAUUACUUCCGUUUCUUGGUUUAAGAUUGUUGGGGUAUAACAUCACGAGCACUCAUUAGCAUCUGUUAGAAAUCUGAAAUGUGACAGUAGCAAAACCACUUUCGACUUUCCAAACACCACAUCGUCAGCAUGGUUUAGAGGAAGCAAUUCACAGAUUAAUGCACCGUGCGUUUUGUCUUCACCACUGUCAACCAGAGGUCAGGCAUGAGCACCAGGUAUAAUCCUGGUUUGAUCUCUCACCAGCUAUGCGAACUGAAGCAGCUUACUUAACCUCUCUGGACUCGUGUUUCUUCAUCUGUCAAAUGAGAAUCAUCAUGCCCAGCCUCAUUGUCAUGCCAGACUGUCAUAAGUUCUAGAAAGAUGAGAAAGCAAAAAGUACGUUUUAAAGUGUUACACAAUCAGAAGGUGCUUUGUGCUGACCAUCAGAUUGUGUUAAGUCAGAUGUGCAAACUGACCAGGCUCCCAAAGAAUCAUGUAAAAGUAAAGUGACUUCUAAGAGACAAGGAAGUAGGAACAUAGCUGAUAAUAAAUACAUAAAUAUACAUGGAAACACAUGUGUCCAUAUAUGGAUCUUACCAUCAUAAUUCAUUUUCUUCAUAUCAGCAAAGUAAUAGUAUUGUGGGCCAAUGCAUUUUGGAAAUGUCCUCAUUAUGUAGAAUGGAAUGUGAAAAUUAUUUUUGUUAAAACAGGAUAUUGCCACAAUUGUUUAAAUAUCACUUUUGUGAAAUAUCAGAGCAUAGGAAGAUACAAAGCUUUCUUUUUAUCUGGCUGAUGCUCAUUUGGAUGAUUAAGUGACUCACAGAAGAUGGUGUUAAUGAGAUGAGAGUCACUCCCACCCUUCCCCAGCUGCAGACCUUCAUCCCCUUCGUCUCCCACUGGGGACUCAUGGUCUGGAAGGAAUCUGUAUCAAGCAACACAGCCCCUUAUCCCACAUAGAAAAGUGUCUCAAAUGCAUUCUACUGCUGGACAGUCAGUAGGAUCAUUUUCAUAAAGCAAGGACAUUGUAUGUUCCUAGAAAUUAUAAGCAUAUAACUUUAGCCUACAAUCUGUAAUUUAAAAUUUUUAACAUAAGAUUGUAUUACAGAUGCAUUUCAUCAGAACUCAAAUUUAAAUGGUAUUUGUUUUAGUUUUUUAUUUGUAACGCUGAAGUUAUUCCAUAUAAGUAUCAAGUUAAACACAAUUCAUUUUAAUUAGAAACUAUUUGACUUUUUAAAAUCUUCUGAUAUGGUAAAUAUAUAUAUCAAGAUUGAUGUAUCAAAAUUUAUUGCACACUUUAAAGUAUAAAGUCAUUUUUUUAAAUCUUGAGUCCACAAAUAAAGUUCUAUUCUGAUUUUAAAAAA